AUGGAGGGGACAUAUGAGUUCCAAUGGGGACAUGCUUUGAUCUCUGAUGAGAGUUACAGUAAAAUUCGAGAAAAAUGCAACUUCUCUGCACCGAAUAACGAAUGCUUUGAUGCUGAAUCUGAAAUCGACAUUGGAUCCAUUGACUGGUACAACAUCUACGCUCCAAAUUGUCGUUCUGCUGAGAAUCGCGAAACCAAGCCCGACGACAGGGUGGGAGAUUUCGACCCAUGCACGGACGACUUCGUCUCUCUUUAUCUGAACGAUCGUGCAGUGCAGAAAGCGCUUCAUGCGAAAGCACGCGAUUGGAAAUUCUGCAAUCUCCUACAAUGGAAAGACAGGCCACAGACUACGCUGCCGGUAAUCAAGAAUCUCAUUGAAAGUGGCUUACCAAUUUGGCUGUACAGUGGUGAUACCGAUGGAAUAGUGCCAAUAACAGCGACGAAAAAUGCUCUCAAAAAGCUUAAUCUAUCGAUAAGUAACAAAUGGCGACCAUGGUACUCCAACCAAGAGGUCGGAGGUUAUGUUGAGGAGUACAAAGGGUUGGUGCUGGUUACAGUGAGAGGAGCAGGGCAUAUGGUUCCAAGCUAUCAGCCUGAGAGAGCACUAACUAUGAUCGCUUGCUUCCUCAGGGCCAAGCUUCCACCUACUUCCUAA